CUUUAGGUUUUUGUGGUGGCUGGAGAUGUUCCGAGCGACUCGCGUCCUGUCCAUGGCGGUAACGCAGAAGACGUCCACGGGUCUCGUGGGUCUUGCUGUAAACCCAAACUGGCGUGCCGACCUCAUUAAGUUGUACGGCGAAACCCUCAAGGCGACCCAAACGCACUUGCCAGACUGCUUUUACCGAACGUCGGUGGAGCAAAUCACCAACUUCCGCCUCAAGGCCGUCACCGAACACGAGAACGAAGCAGAAGUUGAAAAGCUCAUCAACUGCGGUCAAGUCGAGGAAUUAAUAGAGCAAGCGGAAGACGAAUUGUUCCUCAUCCCCAAGUAUGCUGAAUGGCGAUUGUGGGAACCUCCUGUCACUCCCAAGGAAGAAUAGAGUCGCGCGCCGCCCUGGGCUCUUCCUUAUUGUGUGGUGGGUGGCCGGCCGAUUCCUCUUGGCCAUCGCAGUCCGCCUUACUAAUUGGACAAAUACGGCAUCUCUCUGAUAUAA